GACGGACCGAAGGAAAUAGAAAUUUGCGUCAGUAACAUGCGAGUGCCCGCGGAGCGUACAAGUUACAUAUCACGUAAGCAGCGAUAAAUACACGUCCGAAACAAACGAACGAAGCGCGCUCGCCGUGAAGAUUGCAGCGAAGAUAAUUCUCUUCGACGUAACUGGCGUAUCUUUUCACCGCUAAUUGAUUCAAUCCUUAGACAUUUUUGAUCAGCGUCGUUGCCGCCUCCCGCGUAUGUACUUACGAAGGGUGAAAGACAACAAAUAACGAGAAAUUAAGCAUCCAAGAUCCACGCCGCACGAGAAAUCGUCUCGGUCACAAACGCGAUGUCUUCAUCCGUGCAACGGUGUUCCGCAUUUUUGAACAAUACGUUGAGAAAAAGUCUACAGCAUUCCAUAGGCAACAACUCCACUUCAGCUUCUCUAAACAUCCGUAGCCGUAUAAAUGACGUGACUAAACAUCUCAUUCAACAAUCCAGAGCUGCAAGUUCGCAAUCGGUUAAUACCGUCACUCAAGCCAGAAGUAGAACUGUCACCAGCAGGGAUGAGAGUCGUGAAAUGAUGGCUGUGUGGCCGGACGUGGUGAGGGAUUUGACGGAUGCUGGACGUCACCUCGACGUUCCUCACGCCACUAAAUGGAUGGCGAAGGUUCUGCAGUACAACGUUCCUAGUGGAAAGAAAAAUAGAGGACUGGCCGUUGUCUACGCGUUCAAAAAGCUUGCGACCCAUGAUCAGCUCACCGAAGAGAACGUCAGACUGGCAAGAAUUUUGGGCUGGUGCGUCGAGUUGUACCAAGCAUUUUUCCUGGUGGAAGAUGACAUUAUGGACGGUGCGACUACCAGACGUGGUCAACCCUGCUGGUACCGUCAAAACAACAUAGGUUUGUCGGCGAUCAACGACGGACUUUUACUGGAACAGUCUAUAUUCCAGCUGCUUCGUACACAUUUCAAGGAUAAAGCGUGCUAUUUGAAUCUAGUUGAGGUAUUCCACGAGAAUAUAUUGAAAACUACUAUGGGUCAGACUCUCGAUUUGAUCUCAACCCAUUUUGGCCAGAAGCCUAAGCUGGAGCUAUUUACAAUGGACCAAUACAAUGCGAUAGUUAAAUAUAAAACUGCUUAUUAUUCUUUUGUCAUGCCAGUUUCUCUCGCCAUGUACUUUGCUGGUAUUACGGAUCCUGAAAUGCACAGACAAGCGAAAACGAUUCUGCUUGAAAUGGGUCACUUUUUCCAAGUUCAAGAUGACUUUUUAGACUGUUAUGGAGAUCCUGAGGUGACAGGAAAAAUCGGCACUGAUAUACAGGACGGCAAAUGUUCGUGGUUGGCGGUAGUUGCAUUACAACGUGCGACGCCUGCUCAGAAAAAGAUACUAGAAGAAUGCUAUGGUUCAAGCGAUCCAGCCAAAGUCGACAGAGUAAAACAAUUGUAUAACAGUUUGGGUUUACAAACUACGUACUCCGUAUACGAAGAGGAAAGUUACAACUUGAUGAAUACUCAUAUUCAACAAAUAUCACGCGGUCUUCCACACGACUUAUUUUUCAAAUUUCUCGAGAAAAUAUACCGCAGAGACAGUUAAAUUGAGGUCCCAAAACUUACGGGCUCAUUUUCAUUUUAAAUCUAAUAAUUUGCUGUUGCAAAGUAUAUGCUAUACCAAAUUGACUUAUAUAUGUUAUCUAAAAUCAUUAAUUGAUUACAGUGUUUACAUGUUAUCUUUAGUAGGUAUUUAUCAAAACUAUUUUCACUUUCGUAAUUUAGUGCAAUAAAAAAAAAAUCACGUGCUUUGGCUCUUGGCCCAUAUCAGUUUUUUUUGGUGAUGAAUUAUCGAUGGGAAAACAACAAAUUAUUGAUAUUGUUCCAAACGAAAUUCUAAAUCAUUUUGCAAUAUUUCUGUUUUCAAAGUUUUGUACCUGCUGCUUUUCGAAGAUAAUUCUUAAUCGAAUUACCAGAGAUUAAUAUAAAGCCUACAAAGAUUUCUUGUUUAUUUUAACCGUCAAAUUAUGAUUUUUCCAAUUCAUUUAUUCAAAGAAGGCAUUCGGAGAAAACAUGGAUUAUGUGCCAAGAAGAUUUAAUAAUUUUUUAUACAAAAAAUGGCAAGUGCAUC